AUGGGCGCCAGACGCGACAAGAUUGAAACUAUUUUCUGGGGGACGCCGCCCAAGGAUCCAAAGGAACGCAAGCUGCUCGUCAAGCUCGACCUUGCCAUCUUGUCGUACAUUUGUCUCAACUACUGGAUCAACUAUGUUGACCGUGCCAACUUUGCCAACGCCUACGUGACGGGCAUGCAGCAAGCAGUCGGCUUUGCUGGCAACCAGUACACACUGGCCAAUUCAUGCUUCACUGCAGGCUACAUUGUGGGCCAGUGGCCCUCGGCCGUCAUCCUUGCCUCUGGUCGCUUCCCGCCGCGCUUCUACUUUCCCUUGUGCUGUCUCGCCUGGGGACUCUGUACCCUUGGUAUGGCUUUUGUCACCACCCCCCACCAGGUAAUGGCGGUGCGCUUUGUCCAGGCAAUCUUCGAAGCAUCGACAUUUUCCGGAAGCCAUUACAUUCUUGGAACAUGGUACCGCGACAACGAGCUCGGCAAGCGUACCGCCGUGUUCACCUCUGCGGCUCAGUUCGGUACCUUCUUCUCGGGUAUCAUGCAGGGUGCUAUCAAGUCAUCCCUCGACGGCCGCCACGGCAAGGCCGGAUGGCAGUGGCUCUUUAUUAUCAACUUUGCCAUGACCGUCGUCAUUGCGCUGCACGGUUUCUUUUUCUUCCCCGACACGCCUCACACGUCCAAGGCCUUCUGGCUCUCCGAAGAGGAACGUGAAAUGUGCCGCACGCGCAUUCCUUACCAGGAGCACUACGUCAUUACGUGGGCACGAUUCCGGCAGUCUAUUACCAAGGUCGUGACUACUUGGCGGUUUUCCCUGUUCGUGCUUUUGUUCACCUUCUCGGCGACCGCGUUUGAGAAGACGGGUGUCUACUCUGAGUUCCUUUUCUGGGUCAAGUCGGUCAAGAACGCAGACGGCACCGCACGUUACACUGCCUCCCAGGUCAAUUACUACCCGACCAUCCAGACAGCUGUCGCCAUUGUUGGCACGUACCUCAUGACAGUGUACUGUGAUCACACAGGCCACCGCUUUUUCGCCAACGUCAUCAUGUACGCAGCCGUCCUCAUCUCCUCUGCAAUGCUGCUUGCGUGGAACAUCGGUAUCCCUGGCCAUUUCUUCGCCUACAGCAUCAGUGGAAUCGGUUACGCUGGCCAGGCGAGCAACUUUUCUUGGGCCAACUCGUCCACGCGUGACGACGAAAUGCUAAGGUCCCUCACUUUGUUCAGCAUGAACCUGGGGUCCAACCUGUGGGCACUGUGGUACGGUAUUGCCAUCUGGCCAGUUGUCGACCAGCCCAAGUUCCGGAAUGGACAAAUCGCCACAAUCGUCACUGGUGCCGCUUCCGUUGGUGUGGCCGGCGCUAUCGCCUACUGUGCCCGUCGCUGGCCGGCACCCAUGCCUCAGGACAACUACGAGGCCGAGGUGGUCGAGAAGGGUAUUCAGCCCAAGGCCAGUGCUGAGGAUGACAAGCAUCCCGAGGUGACGGACGUGGUUGCGGCUGAGGAUCGGCGUUAG